AAGCGACAUCGUACACGUUUUACACCUGGGCAAUUAAGCGAAUUAGAAAGAUGUUUCAGCAAAACUCAUUAUCCUGACAUUUUUAUGCGCGAAGAAUUAGCUCUAAGAAUCGGAUUAUCGGAAUCACGAGUUCAGGUAUGGUUUCAAAAUAGACGCGCAAAAUACAAAAAAAAGAAG